AGCGGCUUUGAGCUAGCUUCUUGUUGUAUGACGCAGUUGUUGUAUCCCGCCGCCUCGCCUACCAGUCGACGAAUGUUAUUUUAACUGUCUACAAAUACAAUUGAUUCUAUCACUGCCCUCAAACAACCGCCAAUCCCUGUCCAAGCCAUCCCUGCCGUUCCAAGCUUAACUGCAAGAUGGCUCCUCUAGAUGUCUUCAUCACUACUUGGAACACCGGUUUACAGGGAUCCAAAGCCCAGUCCCAAGACCUCACGAGCUGGCUUCUGCCAGUUUUGCGCAAUGCUUCCAAUCCCGAACUGCCUGAGGGGUUCAUUCCAGACCUUUACGCUAUAGGAAUUCAAGAGCUUUUACCUCUCCAUCUUGCUAUGGCUGGUUUGACAGAGCCUGUACUCCUUGCUCUGACUAGUCGCAUUGAAAAUCUUUUAUCCGCCCACGCCAGUUCUUUGUCACCCAAUAAAACACCGGAGAGAUAUUCCCUGGUCGCCAGAGUGGCCCAUGUUGGAAAUGCACUAUGGAUCUUCUCCCGGGAUAGUACCAUGGAUGGGAGGAUAGGAAAGCCGUCGACCGCAACUCUGGGAUUAUUUUGGGGAGGCAUGGGAAAUAAAGGGGCCGUGGGUGUCAGACUCCCUGUGAGAAGGGGCAAGAUUGGUGGAUGGGAGAAUCUGACCUUCGUCAAUGCGCACCUCGAAGCAUAUGACCACAAUAUCCCUCGACGCAACGCACAGUAUCAGAGGAUUUUGAGCUCUCUCGUCUUCAAUUCAACGGAUCCUCUUACAACUUCACAGCAGAUUUUUGACACUUCUCAUUUAUUUUUUAUGGGUGACCUCAACUAUAGGCUUUCCAAGCAGCCACCUCCAGGAGCUCUACAAGAGAACAACAUGUUCGGAAAUGUACUGGAAUUGGAAAAGUCCCGAAUGGGGAUGCUGGAUACUGAUACUUUGAGACAAGAACAGAGAGAAGGGAGGGCUUUCGGGGGCUUAAGGGAAGGCGAUUUGACUAGAUUCGCGCCUACGUACAAGAGGAUAGUUGGACAGGUUGAAGGAUACAGCAAGAAGCGCAUUCCCGGCUGGACUGACCGUAUUCUCUUUGCCUCUCAUACCGAUCCUCCGCAUCUCUUUUCUCCUGAAGCGUCUUUGGACCCGGUGCCCUCUAACGUGGCAGACACAACCACUAUUCUCCAUUUCAACUCCACAAUCGAGCUUGUCAUUUCUGAUCACAAGCCCGUCCAUGCGAUCCUGUCUUUACCGGAAGUUUCUCACGAAACGCCCUCUCCUCACCUCGCACCAACGCUUCCUCCUGCACCUUCACCUCACCAUCCAAGACCUCUGCCCACUCAGCGCGAGGUUCUUUUGAUUGAGAAGUUUUUUGGGACUUUGCUCGACAGACUUGUUGGGUGGCCAUGGUGUAUUAUCGUUCUGCUUGGGUUUGGCAACACACGUACAGGUAUGGGCGUGAGCGCCUUUGUGGCGAUGAUUUGGGGCAUCUGGUGGAGCGGGAUAUACUCUGGAUGAUUCUGUAAAUUGAUAAAGGCUUCUGUCUGUAGGCAAAUGAUGUAUGGA